AUGAUUCAGCCAGGCAUAAUUCAGCCAGGCAUGAUUCAGCCAGGCAUGAUUCAGCCAGGCAUGAUUCAACCAGGCAUGAUUCAGCCGGGCAUAAUUCAGCCAAGCAUGAUUCAGGCAGGCAUGAUUCAGCAAGGCAUGAUUCAGCCAGGCAUAUUUCAGCCUGGCAUGAUGCACCAAGGCACUAUUCAGCCAGACAUUAUUCAGGCAGCCAUGAUUCAUCCAGGCAUGAUUCAUCCAGGCAUGAUUCAGCCAGGCAUGAUUCAGCCAGGCAUGAUUCAUCCUGGCGUGAUUCAGCAUGGCAUGAUUCAGGGAGGCAUGAUUCAGCCAGGCAUGAUUCAACCAGGCAUGACUCAGCCAGGCUUGAUUCAGCAAGCCAUGAUUCAGGGAGGCAUGAUUCGGGCAGGCAUGAUUCAACCAGGAACGAUUCAGCAAGGCAUGAUUCAACCAGGCAUGAUUCAGCCAGGCAUAAUUCAAAGAGGCAUAAAUCAGCCGGUUAUAAUUCAGCCUGGCAUGAUUCAUGCAGGCAUGAUUCAGCCAGGCAUAUUUCAGCCUGGCAUGAUGCACCAAGGCAUUCUUCAGCCAUACAUUUUUCAGGCAGCCAUGAUUCAGCCAGGCAUGAUUCAUCCAGGCAUGAUUCAGCCAGGCAUGAUUCAGCCAGGCAUGAUUCAGCCUGGCAUGAUUCAGCAUCGCAAGAUUCAGGGAGGCAUGAUUCAGCCAGGCAUGAUUCAGCCAGGCAUGAUUCAGCCAGGCAUGAUUCAGCCUGGCAUGAUUCAGCAUGGCAAGAUUCAGGGAGGCAAGAUUCAGCCAGGCAUGAUUCAACCAGGCAUGAUUCAACCAGGCUUGAUUCAGCAAGGCAUGAUUCAUCCUGGCAUGAUUCAGCCAGGUAUGAUUCAGCCAGGCAUGAUUCAGCCAGGCAUGAUUCAGCCAGGCAUGAUUCAGCCAGGCAUGAUUCAGCCAGGCAUGAUUCAGCCAGGCAUGAUUCAGCCAGGCAUGAUUCAUCCAGGCAUGAUUCAGCCAGGCAUGAUUCAGCCAGGCAUGAUUCAACCAGGCAUGAAUCAGCCCGGCAUGAUUCAGCCAGGCAUGAUUCAGCAAGCCAUGAUUCGGGCAGGCACGAUUCAGCCAGGCACGAUUCAGAGCAUGAUUCAUCCUGGGAUGAUUCAGCCAGGCAUGAUUCAUCCAGGCAUGAUUCAGCCAGGCAUGAUUCAGCCAGGCAUGAUUCAGCCAGGCAUGAUUCAGCCAGGCAUGAUUCAGCCUGGCAUGAUUCAGCCAGGCAUGAUUCAGCCAGGCAUGGUUCAGCAAGGUUUAAAGUUUUUUAUUAGGUCGUGA